CUCUCUCUCUCUCUCUCUCUCUCUCUCUCUCUCUCUCUCUCUCUCUCUCUCUCUCUCGGCAGGGCGCCGGCAGCUUGCUGGGAAGAUGAGAGAAACAUGUUAUGGCACUGUAUGGGCAUAUGCGAUGAUUGUAGCAGUAGUAUUUGUCAUUGUUUUUCUUUCAAAAUUUGAGCUGAUUAAUAGGAAGUCGACUUAUUAUAAGAAGAGAACAGAAAAUGGUAAUGAAUAUAAAUUGCCGCCUGGAGGAAGAGGAUGGCCGUUGAUUGGUGAUAGCUUAAGCUGGUACAAUGCUGUUGCAAGUUCUCAUCCCCCUAGUUACGUUCAACAAGAAGUUCAGCGGUAUGGGAAGAUAUUCUCAUGCAGUGUGUUUGGUAAACGGGCAGUGGUAUCAGCGGAUCCGAGUUUUAACCGAUUCAUAAUGCAGAAUGAAGGAAAACUAUUCCAGUCCAGCUAUCCCAAAUCAUUCAGAGAUUUAGUUGGGAAAAAUGGGGUGAUCACUGUCCAAGGAGAUCAACAAAGGAAGCUUCACGGGAUCGCCUCCAACAUGAUGAGGUUAGAUAAGCUCAAGUCCCAUUUCUUGAAGGACAUUCAAAUGGUUAUGCUUCAAACUUUGAACAAUUUCCGCGACAACCAAGUCAUUCUUCUCCAAGACGUUUGCAGAAAGGUAGCUAUAAAUCUGAUGGUGAAUCAACUGCUCGGAGCAUCUAGCGAGAGGGAAGAAGAUGAGAUGGCUCGUUUGUUUUCUGAUUUCGUGGAUGGUUGUCUCUCUCUUCCCAUCAAUUUCCCAGGUUUUGCUUACCACACUGCCAUGAAGGCAAGGGAAACCAUAAUUACCAAAAUCAAGACCACAAUAGAGAAGCAUAGACAAGAAGAAGAUACAAAGGAAGGUGGGAAUGGCCUACUUGGAAGACUCGUAGAUGAAGAAAGCUUACCUGACUAUGCUGUUGUUGAUUUCCUUAUCAACCUUAUAUUUGCUGGAAAUGAAACAACAGCUAAGACCAUGCUCUUUGCUGUUUACUACCUCACUCAGUCUCCACCUGCUAUGAAGCAACUACUGGAUGAGCAGCGAAGACUAAGAAGUGGAAAGAGCGACAAUAAAGGCGAAGACAUGUUCAUAACAUGGCAAGAUUACAAACAAAUGUCUUUCACUCAAUGUGUUAUAGAUGAAACACUUCGGCUUGGAGGUAUUGCAAUUUGGUUAAUGAGGGAGGCCAAAGAAGAUAUUCAAUAUCAAGGUUAUGUGGUUCCGAAAGGAUGCUUUGUGGUUCCAUUUCUUUCAGCAGUCCAUUUAGAUGAAAAUUUGUAUGAAGGAGCUCGCACAUUUAAUCCCUGGAGAUGGAUGGACCCUCUCAAUAAGGAAAAAAGGAGUUGGAGAAACAGCCCUUUUUACGCUCCCUUUGGUGGAGGAGCUCGAUUUUGUCCAGGGGCAGAAUUGGCUCGCCUUCAAAUUGCUCUCUUUCUUCAUUACUUUGUUACUUCAUUCAGGUGGACCCAGCUCAAGGAAGAUCGUAUGUCUUUCUUUCCCUCUGCCCGAUUAGUGAAUGGCUUCGAAAUCCGAAUCACCAGACGAGACGACGAGCUAGAAAUGAAAUGAAGAGGAGAAUUAAUUGUAUCAUGUAAUUAAAUACCUACUCAAUAUUCAUGUAAAGAUACAUUUUUUAAUAUUUGCAAAUGAAGCGAUAUGAAACUCGUGGAGAAUUGAUUAUGAAAUUCGGUCGUGGUUCAGCCAUGGUUUUAGCACUA